AUGAGCAAUACAAGAGAAGGCACGGAAAGGCAAAAGGAGUCAAAAAAGAAAGGAAGGCCGAUCAACGCAAUACAUCUUGGAAGGCAAAGGACUAACAGUGAAUCGAUUAUUGAAUCGUUUAAGAGAAAGAGGGAAGAAGAGGAAGAUAGGAUAAAAACAGAGAAGGAACUACUCGAAAAGUUUGAAAAAUCAAGAACAGUGGGCAGAUCACCUCCAAAUAAGAGAACAGGAAUAACAUCAGGAGCAGAAAGGACGCAAGAGGAGAUGAAUAUAGAAAACGAAAAAGGGGUAGACAUGGAUAAACUAGACAAAUUAACGGAAAUCAUGCUAACAAUUAAGAAAGAUACAGAAGAGAUAAAAAAAGAAAACAAGGCAAUAAGAUCAGAAAUACAAGACUUAAGAGAAGAAUGGAAAAAGAAACAAGAGAAGUGGGAGAAGGAAAAAAGGACAAUGGAAAACAGACUGAAGGAAUUGGAGAUCAAAGAAGAACAAAUAGAGAAGAAAAUGACAAGAAUGAUACAGUUGGAAGAGAGGGAGGAGGCAAGAGAGAGAAGAGAAAGAAAGAACAAUAUUAUUGUGAAAGGAGAGGACUUACCGAGAGAAGGCUCACCCAAGGAAGAGAUAGAACAAAUAAUGAGACGCGAACUGCAGGUAGAGGUGGAAGUGGAGGAUGCGUAUUGGAUAAGAAAGGAGCAGCGAGGAAGAAUGCUAAUAGCGAAAUUAAAAAAUUGGCAACAAAAAAAAGAUGUGCUAGCAAAAAAAAGUAAGCUGAAAGAAAAGACCAGGCAACGAAUCAUCAAACGAGAACAGGGGCGGCGGAGACAGAUUGCGGGAGCAGGACAGACGAGAGGGACAUUAAAAACUCACCAGAUGCCACCUAUCGAGAGGUUACAAAACUUCCAAACGAGGGAGAGAAGAGAUGGAAAACCUUUGUGGCAGGCUUCUGGAACGUCGGGACUGUUUAACAAGGACAGUACUGCAGCCAAACGAGAAAGAACCAAGGGAAGAGCAAGGGGAGGAAUAAUAACAGGGAUAAGAAGAGGUGUCAAGGAAGAAGAAACAACGAACGAGCGGGAAGACAUUCAAGAAAGAAGAGUGAUUUUAAACAACACAGAGUGGAGAAUUCUAACAGUAUAUAGCAGAUACAUAAAAGAAACAGUAAAAGACUUACGGCAGAUAAUUCACAGUCCAGAGAACAGAAGAGUAUUGAUUGGCGGAGAUUUCAACGCAAGAAUAGGAGACGAGGGCGCAAUAAAUUGGGAAAACAGUAACAGGGAAAUCAGAAGAAAAUCGAGGGACAAGAUAAAAAAUGCAGAAGGAAAAACAAUGUUGGAAUUGAUAGAAGAAGAAGGAUGGAGUAUACUAAACGGAAAUAUGGAAGGAGACAAGGCAGGAGAAUGGACGUAUAUAGGUACGUGUGGCAACUCGGUAAUAGAUUAUGGGAUAGUUAAUGCAGAAGCUAGAGAAGACAUAGUGGACUUUGCGGUGGAGGAGAGAAUUGAAUCAGACCACCUGCCGAUCAGAAUAGACAUUUAUUCCACUGAAAAUGGUGCGAAUCCAGACGUCGAACAAGAAGAGACAAGCGUAGAAAGAAGAAUAUGGACAGAAGAGGGCAAGAGAAACUUCGCAGAAAAAACAGAAGAAAUAUCCUUCACGGCACAGGGAAUAGACGAGACGGUAGAAGAACUGAUAGGAGAAUUAAACAAAGCAGUAAGUAAGAAAACAAUCAAGAUGAGAAAAUGGAGGAUAGAAACUAACAUAUGGUGGGAUAAGGAGUGCACGGAGUUCAAAAGAGUAGCAAGAAGGGCAUUAAGGCAAUGGAGGAAGGGAGAAGACAGCAAAGAAAACUACGAGAAAAAAAAGAAAGAGUACAAGGACAAAUGCAAAAAGAAGAAAACAAGAUGGCAAGAAAGAGAAGAUCAAGAAAUACAGCAAAUCACCAACGAAAAUCAAGCGUGGAAAUACAUUAAUAGAGGCAGAAAGAAAAGAACAGAAAUUACAAAAAAGAUCGAGUCGGACAAAUGGAAGGCCUACUUUAUGCAGCUUUUAGAAGGAACAGAAUCACCAGGAUAUAGCAACGGUGGGGUAAAUGAGACCACAGAACCAGAAGAGAACGAAGACGAGAUAACUGGAGCGGAAAUACGAAGACAGAUAGCUAAACUAAAGAACAAGAAAGCCCCAGGAGAAAAUGGACUGGAAAAUGAAGUAUGGAUAAAUGAAAGCAGGAAGGUAAUACAUAGGUUAAAAAAAAUUAUAAACAGGGUAUGGAAAGAAGAGGGGCUGCCGGAAAGAUGGAAAGAAGGAGUGAUCGCCCCUAUCUUCAAAAAAGGAGAUAAGGAAAAUUUAAAAAAUUAUAGAGGAAUAACGCUGCUCAACUCGGCGUACAAGAUAUACGCAAUGGUACUCGAAGAAAGACUGAAGGCCAAAACAGAAGACAAGAACAUCAUCCCAGAAACGCAGGCAGGAUUCAGACGAGGUAGAAGCACGAUAAAUAACAGUUUUAUUCUGAAUUACAUCACAAACAGAGAAUUAGCCAACAAGGGAGGAAAAGUCUACACCUUCUUCGCGGAUUUAAGCGCCGCAUUUGACAAGGUGGACAGAGAAGAGCUGAAUAAGAUAAUGGAGAGAACAGGAAUCAGCCAGAAGAUCAGGAAAAGAAUAGGUGAGAUUUAUCAGGAAACGAGAAACGUCGUCAGAGUAAACGGUCAUACAACAAGCAGAUUUUGGACAACCAAAGGAGUAAGGCAAGGAUGCCCCCUGAGUCCAACGCUCUUCACGCUUUAUAUGGCGGAUCUGGAAGAAAGGAUGAGGAAAGGUCAAGCAGGAGGGAUAGUGAUAGGAAGAGAAAAAAUAUGGACACUCGCCUACGCAGACGACAUAGUGCUGUUAGCCAGGAGUCCAGAGGAACUUAAAGAGAUGAUAAGUAGAUUCCGAAAGUAUUUAAAAAAGAAAAAAUUGACACUUAACGCUGAAAAAUCCAAAGUUAUGAUCUUCAAAAAAGGAAGGGGUAGGAAGAAGAAGGAAGAAUAG